UGCUGUGGAUACCAAGGAUACAUAAAAACGGGCACUAAGUGAGGAGCCGCAGCUUCGAGACAGACGAGUUAUUGCAUGUCUGCACUUUGUACUUUAUGCUGUGUUUCAGCCGCGGUUUUCCGCCGUGGCGCGGCGGGCGGUGCCGAAUGUGCGGCGGUGAAGCGGCAGGCCGGUAAACAGCGCCCGUGUGAGGCCAUGGCGGCGGGCGGGCUGGCGGGGCUGCUGCCCGCCCAGACACAGCUCGAGUACGCGCUGCUCGACGCCGACACUGCCCAGGAGAAGGAGAACCUGGUGUACCAGUACCUGAAGAAAAUGGACAGCCGCGAGCGGGACCUGACGGUGCCCGAGCUCGGCGGAGAUCUGCAAUGGUUAAACACUGAAGGUCCUAUUUCUCUUCACAAAGACCUUUGUGGGAAAGUUGUAGUGUUGGAUUUCUUCACUUACUGCUGCAUCAAUUGCUUGCACUUGCUGCCUGACCUCCACGCCUUAGAGCACCAGUACUCUGAUAAAGAUGGUCUUGUUAUUGUUGGUGUCCAUUCAGCGAAAUUCCCAAAUGAAAAAGUUCUGGAUAACAUUAAAAGUGCUGUUCUGAGAUACAAUAUUGUGCACCCUGUGGUAAAUGAUGCAGAUGCAACACUGUGGCAUGAACUAGAAGUGUCCUGCUGGCCAACUCUGGUCAUCCUUGGGCCUCGUGGAAAUAUGCUGUUUUCUCUUGUUGGAGAGGGACACAGAGAGAAAUUGUUUUUAUUUACUUCUAUAACACUGAAAUUCUACAAGGAAAAAGGACAAAUCAAGGAUAACAACAUUGGAAUAAAGCUGUACAGAGACUCCCUUCCACCUUCUCCUCUGCUGUUUCCUGGCAAAGUGACUGUAGAUGAUUCAGGAGAAAGGUUGGUCAUAGCAGACACUGGACAUCACAGGAUUUUGGUCACUCGUAAAAAUGGACAAAUUCUACACACUAUUGGAGGUCCAAACAGUGGAAGGAGAGAUGGAGCAUUUUCAGAGGCAGCUUUCAACUCACCACAAGGAAUCGCUAUAAAAAAUAAUGUUAUUUAUGUGGCUGAUACAGAAAAUCACCUAAUUAGAAAGAUUGACCUGGAGUCGCAGAUGGUGACCACUGUAGCAGGCAUUGGGGUACAAGGUGUUGAUAAGGAAGGUGGAGCAAAAGGAGAAGAGCAGCCCAUCAGCUCUCCAUGGGAUGUGGUCUUUGGAAGUUCAAUUUCAGGGACGCAGGAAGAUGAUGUGUUAUGGAUAGCUAUGGCAGGCAUUCACCAGAUAUGGGCACUGAUGUUGGAAGGUGGAAAACUACCAAAGGGAAGUGACUUAAAGAAAGGAGUGUGCCUUCGCUUUGCUGGGAGUGGGAAUGAGGAGAACAGGAACAAUGCUUACCCACACAAGGCAGGGUUUGCCCAGCCCUCAGGGCUGUCCCUGGCCCCAGAGGAGCCCUGGAGCUGCCUGUUCGUGGCCGACAGCGAGAGCAGCACCGUGAGAACUAUCUCGCUCAAGGACGGCGCGGUGAAGCACCUUGUAGGAGGAGAGAGAGACCCAUUGAAUUUGUUUGCUUUUGGUGAUGUGGAUGGAGCAGGCAUAAAUGCAAAGCUGCAGCAUCCCUUGGGAGUGACAUGGGACAAGAAAAGAAAGCUACUUUAUGUGGCAGAUUCCUAUAAUCAUAAGAUUAAGGUUGUGGAUCCCAAGAUGAAGAACUGUGCUACCCUGGCAGGCACAGGAGAAGCAGGAAAUGUUGUUGGUUCCAGCUUUACCCAGUCAGCUUUCAAUGAACCAGGAGGUUUGUGUGUUGAGGGAAAUGGCCGCCUGUUGUAUGUUGCAGACACAAAUAAUCAUCAGAUUAAAGUCCUGGAUUUGGAAACAAAAAUUCUUUCCAUGUUGCCUAUCCUGAAGCCAGAAGCAUGUGAUGUUCCAGAUAACCUGCCUGUGCAAAAGGAUAAAGUAAUGAACCUUCCAAGACUGCCUAAAUCUGCACCAAAUAUUCAACUUCCUUCACUAACUGUAGCUCCUGGGCAGACAAUUCAGUUUUUAUUAAAGUUGGCUCUUCCACUGGAUUCAAAACUGAAUGAAGAAGCUCCCAGUGCCUGGUUUAUCACAGCAGAAGAUAACACCUGGUUGCUGCAAGGACAGUGUCUGACAGGAGAAAUAAAGGAUGUUUCCUGUCAAACUGUCAUUCCCUUUCAGUUGCCUGUUAGCUGUGUGUCAGCUGAAGCCACCCUGGCCAUCAAAGCGUGCCUCUACUACUGCAGCAAAGGUAGCAGUGCCUGUAUGAUGGCUGGGGUCUCGUUCAGCCAGCCCUUGCAGGUCACUGGCACAGACCAAGGCAGCUCAGCUCAAGUGGAACUGAUGCACACCUUUGUAACCAACUAACACAAAGCCAGCUGAUUUCACGCUUUAUUUUGCUGUCCACCAUUUCUGUGGAAGAAAGUACAAAUAGAUAACUUUGCUCUGUUUUUUCCUGGAGCUUUUGACAAAGAUAAGAAGUAAUGUGCUUGGUAAAAUGAAACAGGUUUCCCUACAGCCUAACAGGAAAAUUUAUCAUCAUAACCUCAUUUCUUUACAUUACAGUAGCAGCAAUAACUUUGUAAUACUGUAGGCUCUGUUGCCAGUUGUGAACAUACUGGAUGUCUACCAGACUUAAGAAGUGAGCAACAAUUUUUAGAGUCCAUAUGAAAGAGCUGGUGUUACUUUGUGAUGUUACUGUAAGAUCUUUGCACUGUAAAUAGUGUUAGAGUAGAUCAUUUUGGACUAACACUUCCAAAUUCCUUUUGUGCCCUUAUUACAUUUUAAUAGAAUGUCAAAAGGAAGUUUCUUUCUCCAUUCUAUAAAAAGAAGUAUUUUGCUUGUAAUGACACUUAUGACACAUGUAUUUUGAAAAUACACCUUAAACUAGGUGCACCUCUAGUUUUAUGCAAACUGAGCAUUUUGCUUUAACUCAACAUGACCGCCUUACAUGAAGAGCAAAGGUUCAUGGGGAAUUUUCUGUGAAAGGAAGCAUUCAAGUUCCUGCAGAAGAAUUUCAUACUGAUUUUUAACAAAGAAUGUGCCUCUCUGCAAUGUGUAUAUGUAUAUAAAAUAACCACCACAAAGCCAUGCUGGAGCUUUUCUGAUACACACCAAUUUACAUUUUAUAGAAAGUGGUAGGUAAUGGUUGGAUAUCUGCUGCAAAAAUUAAAUGUCAACCAUUUCAAGUUGGGUGAUUCACUCCUAUUUUUAUGAUUUCUCUACAAAGAAUAUUCUGAAAACUUCUGUCUUGCAUGUACAUAAUAUUAUGAAGAAUAUUACACUCAGUCUUUGGAAGUCACUGUUAGUCCUUGGAUUUGUUAGAGUGGCCACUGAACCAGAAUUGUAUGCUUGAUAAUGGAUUAUUUACAUUCAUGUGCAAACCUUCUGAUCUUUUGCUAGAACACUGGUAACCUAAUCUUGGAGUAACAUGCUUUAAAACUCUAUUGAAAAACUCUGUCCUUGGUGGUUAAGUGUUUUGCAAAUAAAAUUCCCUCAAUUUGCCAUAAUAAGUAGGGGCAGGGUGAUAAUGGUCAUGCAAGUUUAUUACUUGAGCUGGAAGAGUUUCCAUCAUGCUUGAGUGGUGAUUGGGUUAGGCCAUGUGCUCUGGUCAUGAUGAUCAGCUCUGAGAAGAUGAUUUUAAGUUCAAAGAUAGUAUUGUCAUACAUAUUAUAAAGUCCAGUAGUGAAAGAAUUUUUUUAUAUAGUCUUUCCUAGAACAAUGACUCCUGACACCUGUCAGUAAAUCCCCCUAUCAGUUGUUGCUUUUUCUUACUUAAAGGACUGACUGAAAUGUUGGUCGUGAACCCGAGAGGCUUUUGUUUAAGGGAACCAUAUGGAUUGGUGUGGCUCUUCCUUCCAUUGAAAUGCCAGUCUAGCUGAGAGUUCUUUGUGGCACCAGAAAUGGUUGUUAUCUCACCUGUCAGCAAAGUGAGGGGUGAAAUGUUAUUCUUCUUACAUUUGGUUUUUAAGCAACUUUUCUAAUGCACUGUUUCAGCUCCUUUGGGUAAGCCUCUCAAUUCUCACAUGCCAUUUUGAAGAGUGAAAAAGCUUUGCUACUUUUUUCACAGAUGACAAAUGCUGUUGGAAGGAUGAAGAUAAACUGAUUUGGGCAUUUAUUAUUUUUACACUUUAGUGAAACUCAGUCUUUCACAAUUUUUUGUUUCUCUGUUUAUCUUUGGAUAUUAGCCAGGAAACCGUCAAUCAGCUUCUAGAUAGCCUGCAGAUUUUCUGUUGCUCUCUGAAAAAAACAAGCAUUAGGUUCAGAAGUUCAGAAUAAGGAACCAAACUGUCACAGUUGCCUUGAAUGUGCAGUUCAUCAGAUGGAACUUUUGUCUCUCAUUUUGUCCCAUCACAGAAUGGUUUGGGCUGGAAGGGGACUGAAGUCCAUCUUGUUCCAACCCCCUGCCAUGGACAGGGACACCUUCCACUAGAGCAGCUUACUCAGAGCUGCACCCAGCCUGAUUGUGAGCACUUUCAGGGACAUGGCAUCCCCAACUUCUCUGGUCAGCCUGUGCCAGUGUCUGACCACCCUCUCAGUAAAGAAUUUCUUCCCAAUAUCCAAUCUUAAUCUUCUUCUUUCAGUUUGAAGUCAUUCCCCCUGGUCCUAUCUCUACAUGCCCUUGUCAAAAGUCUCUGUCCAGCUCUUGUAGCUCCUUCAGAUGCUGGAAGGUGCUAGAAGGUCUCUCCAGUCUUCUCCAGAUUGAACAACCCCAAAUAAAAUUUUCAACUAGAAUGACAUAUUUUUCUAUUUCAAUUGGAUCGGGUAAUCAAUUUCUG